AUAAUAAUUAAAAAAACAAUUGAAAGCAAAAGCAUACAUUGCCCAUAGCCUUCACUGCACCUUCCUCGCUACAGCGUCUCCAUCUUUUCUUAAAUUUCUCUUCAUUUCCCAUUUUUUGCCUUUUCUUUUUUUUCUUUCCCUUUUCUUUCCCCCCUUUUCGCAGCUUCUGAAACUGAGUGUUGUUUUUUCCACUUCAUGUGAUCGAUCCAUUUUUGGGACUAAAAGAUGGUAACAGAAUCUUGGUUUCGUAAUCUUUGGAAAAUUCCGCGGAGGCAAGAUGGAAUCUCUGAGAAGGUUGAGAUCGGAGUGUUGGCAUUCGAAGUUGCGAGCUUGAUGUCUAAGCUUGUGCAUUUAUGGCAGUGUUUGAGUGAUAAGCAGGUUUUUAGGUUGAGAGAGGAAAUCACGAAUUCUGUCGGGAUUAAAAAGUUAGUGUCCGAAGAUGAAGAAUACAUCGGGCGCCUGAUAUGUGCAGAAAUGGUCGAAAAUGUUACCCACGUGGCGAAGUCUGUGGCUAGGCUUGCGAAGAAAUGCAGUGAUCCAGGGUUGAAGAGUUUUGAACUUGCCUUCACUGAGUUGAUCCAGUAUGGUGUCGACUCUUACGGCUGGAUAUUUUCGUUGAAGAAGAUGGAAAAGAAAGUGAAGAAGAUGGAACGUUUCAUUUCAGUGAAUGCGACUUUGUAUCAAGAGAUGGAAUUGCUUGCAGAUCUCGAGCAAACACUAAAAAGGAUGAAAAGUGGUGAUUCAGCGCAGGAGAGUUUGCUUGAAUUUCAUAAGAAGGUUAUUUGGAAGCAGCAUGAAGUGAAGAGCCUACGGGCAAGCUCUCUUUGGAAUAAGACUUAUGAUUAUACGAUUCGUCUUUUAGCAAGAUCGAUAUUCACGAUAUUCAGUAGGAUCAAACAUGUCUUCGGAUUUGAACACAAGGUAGAUGUUGGGGAUUCGAAGGUGAUGGAUUCUGAUUUUAUGCAUCGCAGCCAAUCAGUUUCUGCCUUAAUGCAUUCUUCAGUUCAUCCAACCGAGAACACUAGUCUUCCUAGGUUUUCUUCGGGUCCGUUGGGAAUAUUUAGCACUAAAUCAGGCCCAAUUCCAGCACCUGAUAAAACAAAUUAUUUCCAUUCAGGGCCUCUUGUUGGCUCAACCCCAAAAUCAGGCUCUAUUUCCGGGAAGAACAGAAAUUUCAACUUCCAUUCGGGGCCGCUCGGGAGAACUGCAGGACGAUCGGGACCACUUUUUGGAAUCGAUAAAAUCAGCAAAAUUUGGCAGACUAACAACCAUUCAGCUGCUGUUAGUGGAAAGAAACCUCAUUUGAGAAGCAAUAGACUUACUCAAGUGGGACCUUUUAAAGGAUGUAUGGUAGAUAGUGGUGCUGUUAGAAAUUGUUACAUAAGUUCGAAUGGCAUUCAUUCAGGAAUUCCCAAUGGAACCAAAGAUGGAAAUCUUAACCUUCCAGAAGGAAAUGCUGUUCAAAGUAGUUCGUCUGUGUUUAGAUCUCAAUGCCGGUUGUUGGAUGCUCCACCCGAAACUCUUGGUGCUUCUGCUUUAGCAUUGCACUAUGCAAAUGUUAUCAUUGUAAUCGAGAAGUUAGCAGCAUCUCCUCACUUGAUUGGUCAUGAUGCUCGAGAGGAUCUGUACAACAUGUUACCUGCAAGCGUGCGAGCGGCUCUGAGGGUAAGGCUAAAACCAUAUGCAAAGAGCUUAGCUUCAUCGAUUUAUGAUACGGAGCUUGCUGGAGAAUGGACUGAAGCAAUGUCUUCCAUAUUAGAGUGGUUGGCACCACUAGCUCAUAACAUGAUUAGAUGGCAAUCUGAGCGGAGUUUUGAACAGCAGAGCUUUGUUUCCCGGACUAAUAUGCUUCUGGUGCAGACCCUCUACUUUGCAAAUCGAGAGAAGACAGAAGCAGCAAUUACUGAGAUUCUCGUUGGUCUGAAUUAUGUAUGGAGACACGGGAGAGAACUCAACGUAAAAGCACUGCAGGAAUGUGUGGGCAGCAGAAUGUCUGAUGAAUGUUUGGAUCUCGAGAAAUAAAGUUCUUUAACCUCGGUUUGCAGUAUGAUAUUUCCACAUAGCAAUGGUAUCGAGUUGAAUUCAUGCAAGAUUCCAUUCCCAGCAUGCAACAGAGUCUUCUCUGUUCAAUUUGCCAGCAUCAAUAGAAGAUGAAAGAAUGAUCCAACCUACUGUGAAAUUCAAGCCGAAAGCAUGCUUUUAUCAUAUCAGGUAUAAUUCGAGCUUUGCCGGUGAUCUCUACCUAGUUUUGAAGAUUCUGCAUAACCCUUUUUAAGCAAUCGUCCACUAAAUGUGUAUAUUAUUUAGCGAUAUCGAUACCCUUUGGAAUUAGUUGUAUAUUUGCCAUAUAGGCUCUUUAUUCGCCGAUAUAUAAUGUCACGGGUGCCUCUUGGUUGAGUGUUGUUUUAUGAGCAGGACAUGUUUUGAUGUGAGAAUAUCGAGUUUUCCGAUCCUUUAUAAGUGAAGCAGGUUGCUUGGCUCGAAUUCGAAGUUGAAUAUCACCCUUUUUAAAGGCAAUGGCAGUGAGUUUGGUUGAAUUUGUUUCUUUGUUGAAUGAUCUCUCAUGGUAGCAUUGAUAAUGUUCAGUGAAGAAGAGCCUUUUUUUACUUACUAGUAUGAUCUUUUGUGUUUGUAUUCGCUUGAAAAUUGGAAAAUUUAUGGUGAAGACCCUAAAAUAGGUCUUAAUCAUUGAUUAAUGGCGUUUAUGUUGGGAUGAAUUUUGAGUAUUUUAUCUUAUAUUUCAAUUUUGUUAUUCA